GAAACGAGGCACAGGUGCAAAUAAUAAUGGGGAUCAAGGGAAAACAAAAGGUCAAAAGGCACAAUGGGGGCAUCUAGUGACCAAAAACCGGAACAACCCUGGCCAAAUCCUGACACUCUGUUCAUUAACAGGAAGUGAUAAUUAUAUGUCUGGGGCCACAUCCAAAAUAGGGCUCUGGUUAAAAGUAGUGCACUAUUUGGGAAGCAACCUGGAACUAGUCUAUAAUCCUCUCAGCUGUUUUAAACACAAAUAGAUGAUGUGGGGACUGGCGAGGAUAUCAGCUGUUUUAAACACAACUAGAUGAUGUGGGGACUGGCGAGGCUAUCAGCUGUUUUAAACACAACUAGAUGAUGUGGGGACUGGCGAGGCUAUCAGCUGUUUUAAACACAACUAGAUGAUGUGGGGACUGGCGAGGCUAUCAGCUGUUUUAAACACAAAUAGAUGAUGUGGGGACUGGCGAGGCUAUCAGCUGUUUUAAACACAACUAGAUGAUGUGGGGACUGGCGAGGCUAUCAGCUGUUUUAAACACAACUAGAUGAUGUGGGGACUGGAGAGGCUAUCAGCUGUUUUAAACACAACUAGAUGAUGUGGGGACUGGCGAGGCUAUCAGCUGUUUUAAACACAAAUAGAUGAUGUGGGGACUGGCGAGGUUAUCGGCUGACUGCUUGUCUUCUGUUCUCCACCAUCCUCCAGAUCAUGGAGCACAGCCCUCCACACUUCCUCCAGCAGAAGGGCUAAGAGAAGCUUCCAGGCAGUGCUGACUGACCGCUCUGCUCCCCCCAUGGCCAACAACAGCAGUUCAGCCCAGCCUCUGGGCCAGGCCGGGGCUGUAGUGGCCUCCUCCACCCAGCCUGAUGUGGUGGUCUACUGCAAGCUGUGCCUUAGUGAGCACCCCUCAGCAGCAACCAGCACGCUGCACACCUGUGACUGUGUCUUCUGCACCCUGUGUCUGCAGCAGUAUGUUCAGCUGGCCAUCCGGGAGGGUGGGGGCAGCCCAGUCACAUGUCCAGACAUGGCUUGUCAGAGGACAGGAGUCCUACUCCACUCAGAGAUAGCCUGUUUUGCCCCUGCAGAUCAGGUUGAGCUGUACCAGCGGCUGGAGUUUGAACGAGGGGUGCAGCUGGACCCUAGUAGAGCAUGGUGCCCGGUGCUGGAGUGCCAGGCUGUCUGCAGCGUUGGGCCCAGCUCAGAGGGCCAGCCUACAUCCGUGCCCUGUCCAGCCUGCCACACCGUCUUCUGCUCUGGCUGUAGAGGGCCCUGGCAGGACGGGCACGCCUGCCCCGAUCACCAGCCUAUGACAUCAUCAUCGCCUGACUCAGAGAGCAGUGACUCUGAUCUGCCCAUCAAGCAGUGCCCCAUGUGUGGUGUGUACAUCGAGAGGAACCAAGGCUGUGCCCAGAUGCUGUGUAAGAGCUGCAAACACACCUUCUGUUGGUACUGUCUGCAGAACCUGGAUGGUGAUAUAUUCCUGAGGCACUAUGAUAAGGGGCCAUGCAGAAACAAGCUGGGCCACUCCCGAGCCUCCGUCAUGUGGAACAGAACACAGGUGGUGGGCAUCCUGGUUGGCGUCAGUGUCAUCGUGCUGUUGGCCUCUCCUCUCCUCCUGCUGGCUUCACCCUGCGUCCUGUGCUGCCUGUGCAAGCCCUGCCGAGGCAAAAAGAAGAGGAGGAAGAAGAAAGAGCUCACACAGACAGACAUACAGCCAGAACUCAGUCCCACCAAGUCAUAAAGAGACUGCUCCUUCUUCUCACCACGGUCUGGGAAUGGCUCCAUUCAGUCAGUUCAGGCACUGAUUUUAAUUCAUGAAUGGAAACAUCUUCAUUGAAAAGAAUGGGGUAAUGUUCAACUCAUUCAAUUUUAAAUAAUGUAUUGAAUUGACAUAACUGAAAACUGACUAGUACCCUGAUUCCCACCAUCUCACACACACAUACAGUACAGGACCACUGUCUACCACCCUCAUGUGCCAAACGUCACGAUGCCAAACCAGUCUUGUUACAGUAGGUGCACAAGUGCCUCCAUCCUACAGUGCCUGGUAUUUGGUGGUAUUUGUUUUGCCUUCCAUUAUAUUAUGCAAAAGUAUGUGUUGUUAAUGAAAAGAAUGACUGUAAGUAACAUAAGUAACAUAAUGACUGUAAGUAACAUCUUUAACCAAUGCAAAACAUGGUUUCAUAAUGUGCUGUGGAAACUGCAUUGUGCACUGUAUUGGGUACUGGGAGAAAAAUGUGUACAUCCCAAAUGGCACCCUAUUCCCUACAUAGUAUACAACGUUUGACCUGUCCCUGGUCAAAAGUUGUGCACUAUCAUGGGAAUAGGGUGCCAUUUUGAAAGUAACCAAUGAUAUAGGGCUUCAAAGGUGCACAUUGAAAUAUUUUCUGCUGCUGACAGAUUCCACCUGGGAUUCCAGACCAAAUUUCUGUUGGAUUCUAUAUAAUACUACUAUAAUGUAUGUAAAUAUGUAUUUAUGGAAUAGUGUAUAUGGUGUUCUGUCUUGUUUCUACUUUUUUUCGUUGAUGUUUCUGCAUCAGAUAUUUUGUAAAAGAUCAAUUGUAAUUGAAAUAAACAACAGAUAUUGAACAUG